UAGAUCUAAUAAGCCUUAUUUCACGCGUAUAAUGAGUAAUUUUCAUGCAUUUUGGAGGUGAAAAGCACCAGAGAAGGAAUCGCUAUCUGAUUAUCACAGCGAGAAUCUAAACUUUUCGGUUUCUAAAUCUAAUUUUGACUCCCGAAGCGAAAAAUGGCGGCACGAGAACCAUCCCAGGUGCAUGUCGCUGUAGUUGGUGGAGGUAUUAUUGGGUUGGUAACAGCUCUGGGCCUCCUUAAACGCAAUAUACCUGUCAAAAUCUACGAGCAAGCACGUUCAUUCCGUGAAAUCGGCGCCGGCGUGGCAUUCACUGCAAAUGCGCUAGAAUGCAUGGCCUUACUUGACCCUGUCAUCGUGGACGCCGUCAAUGCUGUAGCUACGACCAACGGCGAGGACAAGAACAAUCCCAAUGAUUAUCUACGCUAUCAUGAUGGCUAUAACUGGGACCCAAACGAUAUCGAAGGCUCGGAUGAUAAACUUCUGGGUCUUCUUCAUUCCGGAUACAAAGGUUUCCAGGGCUGCCAUCGUGCCAACCUCCUCGACGAGUUGGUCAAAUACAUCCCAAGCCACGCAGUCGAAUUCGGAAAGCGCUUUACGGGAUAUGAUGAUAGGGGGCCGACGAAAGGGUUGCUACUACAUUUCCUUGAUGGGAGCACGGCCGAAGCUGAUAUAGUCAUCGCUUGCGAUGGAAUCAAGUCCAGGGUGCGGCAGCUUAUUCUAGGCGCCGACAAUCCAGCUUCCCACCCACACUUCAGUCAUAAAGUCGCCUAUCGUGCCCUAAUCCCCAUGGACCGUGUACUACCAGUGCUAGGCGUCUUCAAGUCGUUCAAUCAACACAUGCACACGGGCCCCAGGGCACAUAUUUUACAUUUCCCUGUUGCGGGGGGUGAUUUCCUAAAUGUUGUGGCUUUCAUCAGGGAGAUUGAAGACUGGCCACUCGAUGACCCCAACAAGGUUGGCAACAUGACGAAGCCAGCUACCCGUGAGGAGGUGGCCGCCGCAUUCAGGGGUUGGGGUCCCACUGUGUGCAAGAUUGUGGACCUACUACCCGAUAAUAUUGAUAAGUGGGCCAUCUUCGACACGUACGACCAUCCCGCGCCGACAUUUGUUCAAGGACGUGUAUGUCUAGCAGGAGACGCUGCCCAUGCUUCAUCGCCGCAUCAUGGAGCAGGCGCUGGUAUCGGGGUUGAGGAUGCGUUGGCAUUAUGUACGCUCCUAGAGAAAGUCGCAACAACCAUUUCUCAAGACCCACAAGCUGAAAAGGGGAUGAUUAUCGAAACCUCGCUCAAGAUUUAUGAUAAAGUUCGGCCCCCUCGCAGUCAGUGGUUGGUUAAGAGCAGCCGCGAGGUUUGUGAUGUCUACGAGUGGGUUUACCCGGACACUCUGACGGAUUGGGACAAAUGCCUAGCUGAGAUUACGACUAGAUCUCACAAAUUGUGGUAUUUUGACUUCGAUGGCAUGUUGAAGGAGCUUCACGACAGCUAUGAGAACUGCCUCCCAUCCAAGUCGGGAGGGAAUAAUCCAUCGAAUGGCGCUCAAGUUAAGAUGGGAAACAAUGUGAUUCCAGUAAGCUGAAUUGCUUUCAUAUGCCAUACGAACCUACCUAAGUAGGUAGGUAGGUACGCAUAGGUCCGAGCCUAUCGGCGAUACGAA